AUGACUACACAAGCACCCUCUUCAAUAGCUCCGUCGUCUCAGGUGCAUUUUCAGCGGUCACCAUGGCACUCACCGGUGCCUUAUCUCUUCGGAGGCCUUGCUGCCAUGCUGGGUCUCAUUGCUUUUGCUCUCUUAAUCCUCGCCUGCUCCUACUGGAAGAUCUCCGGCGACAUGGAGAACCGGGACGAAAGUGAGAGAGAUCUUGAGGCUGGAGAUUCGAAACCCGACAAUAACAACAAGGAGCCCCCUGUUUUGGAAGAGAAGUAUCUGGUAAUCAUGGCAGGACAAGCAAAACCAACAUUUCUGGCAACACCAGUUUCAAGCAGAGCCUCUUCCUUUGGUAGUUGUAGUUCUCGGGACAACGCAUCGUCAGACAGCAAAUCGUCGAUCUCAGACGGGGAAAUGAUGGAUGAGAAGGAGAAACACGUAACGAACACCACCGACCAGGACAACACAGCUGAUCAGGUCCCAUAG